AUGGAAGAGGAGAACGAAAGCAGAGGAAGCGGCAGCAUCAGCCAGGAGGACUUCUCAGCCCCCAAUCCCGCCUCCCCCUGUGGCACCGCGCUGCAGUGCUCUGUACAGCACAUUGUCAAGGACACCGAUGAGAUCUGCUUCGAGUCAUUGACGUCUUUGAACUGCUCAAGAAGUCUGCUUCACUUUGGUGACAUGUCCCGGCUGGAGCUUCCUGUGGAUCUCAGUGCUCACCCUGUCAUGCCUGGUCCGGGACCAGUCAUUAAAGUCCAUGUUGCUGUGCUGCUGCGGAUGCUGGGUGUGGUUGGGGCGUUCUCCUUUGGGUUGCCAGCUUUGGGAGCACAGGCUGGGGGGAUGGCCUUGUCUGUGAGGGGUAGAGUCAACGAAGCCCCUUACCACAGGUGA